AUGGAUGCUGAGAUUUUAGCUUUAGAAGCUAAUCAUACUUGGAUUGUUACUUCCUUGCCACCUGGUAAGAAGCCCAUUGGUUGUAAGUGGGUGUAUAAAGUGAAAUACAAAUCAGAUGGUUCUGUUGAGAGGUAUAAGUCCAAGCUGGUUGCUAAGAGUUUCACCCAAAAGGAGGGGCUGGAUUACAUUGACACUUUCUCACCAACUGCUAAAAUGCUCAGUCAGUUCAUGGCAAAACCUAGAGAGCCUCCUUAUGCAACUGCUCUUAAGAUUGGGCAUCAUGUUCAGACACAAGACGAUCUGUUACAGGAUACUGCAUUUUCCUUGGAGAUUCAUUGA